UAUAACUUGGAAAUAACAGGUGAUGAAUAAAACGUCAUUAAAUCAAACCCAAAUAGUGUACGACCGAACACCUGAAUUCAAAAUUCCAAACAACACCUUUCCUAUGUAUUCAACUCCGCUCCACACAUCGAAUUCAGUUAAAUGCAGUGAACUCUGUCAGUACGACAUACCGGACAUAUCACUUAAUUUGGCCGCUUUAUCGCUAGAAGACUAUGACAAAACUCCAACAACUGAUAUCUCAACAAUGAGAAAUCGAUAUUCUCGAAAAAGCUUACUUUGCGAAUUACCGGUCUCCGAUUGUUCACAUAGAAGGAAUUCGUAUGUGGAAUGGUGUCACCAUGAUUUUACUAAUGAUGAUCAUUGGCGGAUUGUACGCUAUUAUUUUGUUGAAUCUAAACAUUUACAAAUGAAUACAAAGGCUUAUUUAGAUGAUGAAGUGAAUCAUUCCACCAGGUUAUAUCGUAUUUAUAUUGAUGAAAACGGCAAUAAAUAUUCAUUUUUUUAAUCAGUUGUAUUAUUUUCGAACAAUUAAUUUGUAUAAAACUUGAUGGUAGUUUUAUUUCAAACAUUAUUUAUCACAUAACUAGUGUAUUUUCGAAAUGGCUUUUAUGAAAUAAACACUCUUAACUUCUUAAUGUUUUUGAAAAUAACUGUAAUUUUAAUUUUGUAUAGACGAAGGUCAUUUUGUAUGACCGUUGCGAAGUUUAUGUGAAAUGGUACAUGUAUUUUGUUAAAC